AUGAAAUAUUAUUCUACAAUUGUACAAAAUUAUGAUGUUUCUAAUCUUGCAUAUCGUGAUAGUCGAACUGAAAUGAAUCGUAAUGUUGGUAUUAGUGAAAAUGAUAAUCGUCCAAAUGAUUCAAUUGUUGAUACUUGUCAUUUUUGUCAUGCAACUACUAGUAAUACUUGUAGUGGAAGUAGAAUGAAAAUUAUUGAUAAUAAUGAAGAAUCUAUUAGUCAUAGUGUUGAUAAUGAUCGUGAUAGUAAUGAAAGAAUUGUCAUAAAUGAAAAUAAUCUGACAUUGUAA